AUGACUUCGGUGGGUGUACAGCAUGGUACUACAGAAGAACUCGAAUCAAGGAUACCAACAAUAAAAACAACCAUCUCAAAACGAUGCCAAUGUACAGAUACGGUUCAAAAAUCGAUCCUGGGUACCCUGCUCGCAGUUAUUACUGGUGUUUUAUGGACUUCCUUCUCCCAGUUGACACAGUUCACAGACGGUUACCAGACGCCAUUUUUCCUAACCUACAUAAUCACAAUCUGGUUAAUUCCAUUCUAUCCUGUUUAUUUUGUGAUACAACACAUAUUUUGUAAAAGAAAUCCCAGGGAAGUUUUCAGAGAAAACCUGUUAUUAUAUGCUGAUAACAACAAUAUUAAAAGAGUCCGAUUUCUGGGAAAGACAAUCCUAUUCAGUUUCGUAUGGACCGUUUGUCUGUUUACUUAUAUAAAAGCCUUGCAUUUAUUGAACGGGGCAGACACCACGGCUAUACAUGCGACCAAUCAGAGCUUCGUUUACAUGUUAUCAUGGAUCGUUUUGUUUGAGAAGUUCGUUGCAAUUAGGAUUCUAGCAUUAGUGUUCAGUAUAACUGGUAUAGUGUUAUUUGCCUAUGUAGAUGGGUUUGGUACGUUAGCUAUGUGGGGUAUAGUGGUAGCCGUCGCAUCUUCGGCAAGUGCUGCUUUAUAUAAGCUAUUGAUAAAGAAGUUUAUUUGUCUUCCGAGUUUGGGUCAGAUAUCGCUGUUUUUAACGUUAAUAGGUGUUAUUCAUACCAUUUCGUUGUGGCCAAUGAUUAUAUUAUUCCAUUUCACACAUGUUGAAGUUAUUAUAUGGAGUUCGCUCCCUUGGUUGUGGAUUGUUGCCUCUGUUAUAUUAUUUACAGCUCAUCAAGUUUUGAUAACGUAUGCGCCAUAUAUUUCCUAUCCCCUAUUUAAUGGUCUAGGUUUGGCUUUAGGGAUACCAUUUUCAGCUUUGUCAGAUUUUUUAUGGAAGAAUAAAGAUUUCAGCGGCAUGAAAAUAGCCGCACUAGUUUUAAUCGCGUCGGGUUUAUUGUUGAUUCUUGUACCUGAAAGUUGGUGUAAUGUAUUACUACGCUGGAUUCCUUGCGGUAAAAAGAAACAUAACAGGAGAAAUGGGAAAGGCAAUGUGAGAUAUGAAUAUUCAUUAUGGAAACAUUACAGGAGAAAUGGGAAAGGCAAUAUGAGAUAUGAAUAUUCAUUAUGGAAACAUUACAGGAGAAAUGAGAAAGGCAAUAUGAGAUAUGAAUAUUCAUUAUGGAAACAUUACAGGAGAAAUGAGAAAGGCAAUAUGAGAUAUGAAUAUUCAUUAUGGAAACAUUACAGGAGAAAUGAGAAAGGCAAUAUGAGAUAUGAAUAUUCAUUAUGGAAACAUUACAGGAGAAAUGAGAAAGGCAAUAUGAGAUCUAACUAA